AUGAUAUUUAUCAUUUGUCAAACUGCUUCAUUAUAUGAUCGUAGUAAUGAUGAUGAUGAUGAUGAUGAUAUUGAUAGUACUUAUGAAUUAUAUAAUCAAUUUAAAUCUCUUACUCCUCAGGAGUUAGCUGAUCUUGAUGAAUUUCUUUCACGUAAACUUGGUGAUGAAUCAUCAUCAUUAUCAUCAGGAGAAGUGUUAUAUCGUAAUACACGUCGUCCACAUCAAAAUUUAAUUGUUAAACGUGAUGCUUUAUGGACAACAACAGAAGUACUCGAGUGUAUUCGACGUUUGAAAUAUUCUAAUAAUUCAAAACUUGAUCUUGUUACAGAAAUGCUCAAUUGUUAUCGACGUCUUAAACAUUCAGGUUAA